AAGGGUGGGCGUUAUUGGCUUGUUGACGUCUCAGUCGCAGUUUUCCCGCAACAAACAUUUUGCAGUCUGUAGUACCACGGUGGGACUUUUUCGCUGAGAAAAUGACAAAACGAGCUUGUCCUUUCCCGGAAACCUUCUCAUCCCAAUACAAAAUACACGUCGGACAACAGGAGCUGAAUAAUUAUAGCGUGUUUGGCAACAAAUACAGACAGGAAAUCUACUCAAAGACAAAGAACUUGCUCUUCAACGGUGCCAAGGCUGUGAUGGGCAAAAUCUGGACUGGAGAGGAGAGCAGCACCAACCCACAGCCUAAUGGACAGGCUGAGACACCUGCAUGCAGCCAGACACUGCUGAGAGGACAGACUCUGAUUGGACAAGAUGGGAGACUCACCAGAGUCAACUCUGCACAAGACGGCCCAGUGGCUCCCACCGGCUGCUGUGUGUGCCAGAAGAGCCAGGGGUCCCGGACCCCGUGCUCCCAGUGUGAGCGUCUCUCCUGCUCCUCCUGUACUCGACAGUGCUCCAGCUGCUCCAGCCUCUGCUGCUCCGUCUGCACCAUCAUAGAUUACAGCGGGCAAUACGAUGAAGUACUUUGCUGCAGUUGCUCGACGUAAUGGACGAGGGGUCGGGAGUUUUUUCUUGAACAUAUUAAGUUGCCUCAUGAUAUUACUAAGACUGCAUUUUAAACUUGUGAUUUUUAUUUGUGAUCCAAAUCUUUACUUGUAUAUAUGUAUUGUAUUCCAAAAGUAACCGAAAUAAACUUGAAACUAUUUUCUAUA